CCUCGACCUCGCUCGCGGUCUCGCCGGCGCACCACCUACCGCCGACCAGCAGCGGCGCUCGUAAUCGUAAUACAUGUCCGGCGGCGAGAGCGACGGCAGCGGCGGCCUGGUGCUGCUGGACGUGUUCGGCAGCCCGUUCGCGCAGCGCGUGCGCAUCGCGCUGGCGGAGAAGGGCCUGGCCUACAAGCGCGCCGAGCAGGACCUCGCCGCCAAGGGCGACCUCCUGCGCCGCUCCAACCCCGUGCACGGCAAGGUCCCCGUUCUCCUCCACGCGGGGCGGCCCGUCUGCGAGUCCCUCGCCAUCCUCCACUACCUCGACGAGGCCUUCCCGGCCACCACGCCGCUCCUCCCGGCCGACCCCUACGCGCGCGCCCGGGCGCGGUUCUGGGCGGAGUACGCGGACCGGCUCCACUUCUGCGGGAAGCGCCUGUGGCUGCGGCGCGACGGCGGCGGCGAGGAGGCUGCGGAGCCCGAGGCGCGGGAGGAGAUGGUGGCCGUGCUGCGCGCGCUGGAGGCCGAGCUCGGGCGGAAGGAGUUCUUCGGCGGAGAGGCGUUCGGGUACGUGGACGCCGCGGCGGCGCCGUUCGCGGCGUGGUUCCUCACGUACGAGCGCCACGGCGGGCUCAGCGUGGCCGAGGAGUGCCCGGGGCUGGCGGCGUGGGCAGCGCGGUGCUCGCGCCGUGAGAGCGUCGCCGCCAACGUGUACCCGCCGGAGAAGGUGUACGAGCUCGUCCAGGAGUACAAGCAGUGGGUGCUCGGGCGAAAGUGAGAUGAGCCGUGCUCUGUCUGACUGGAUGGUGAAUCGGUGAUUCGCCUUUUUUUUUUGGCACAAUUGUGUUUGCCCGUUUGGUGAGUAUCGGGCUAUCGGCGCAUCAAUAAGUUGAAUAAGGGCAUCUCCAACAGUUCCUUAUCUCUCUUUCCCAUCUUUGAUUUUUUAGAAAAAGGAAAAAAAAAAACACUCUCCAAUAGUUCCCUAUUUUGAUUUCCCAUCUCCUAACAAUUGGUAAAUUGGGUUGGCUUGUGCGUAAAUAUGCGCGCUACUCCGUAGCUCCCCAUCGCGACUCCCCGCGAGCGCUUUCUUCGUCGCGCGUUUUCUUCCCGCGGAGAGGUCUCGUUCGUGCAGCAAAUUGGCCGGCCUUGUGCCCGAUCUGCAGCCUCGAGAGCAUCUCUCGGACAUCCGCGUGCGCCGGCGGCGACGGGCCGGAGGACUCGGACAGCAUGCUGGUCCUCACGAGCAGCACGCAGUACGGGAGGUUAAGGUCCAGCUUCCCAGAGAGCGCGUCGAUGGCACAGGCACUCUGCGUCCGCAGCUUCCCGUCCGGUGGCAGCCUCCGGCACCGGCCGGCGAGGUCGGCCGCCUCGGCGAGCGUCCCAGCUGACGAACUUGGCGCCGUCCUCGCACACCCGGAAGCCCAGGUCGAGGCAGCUCACGUUCGCGUUGUAGUUGUAGGGCGGCCCGCCUUAGCCGCAGAGCUGGGUGUUGAACUCGUAGGCGCCGUCGUUGAGGGUCUUGAGGCAGCCGCUGUAGUCGAGGUCACCGUCGUUAGAAUGGAUGAUCACGGUAUGCAGAUACAUUGAGGCCAUGUUUAGUUCUCAAAAAUAACUAAUUAUAUGGAGCAUGAA